GGAGAGGGGAGCGGUUUACCUACUCCAGUGAGCGGAAUAAACAAUCGAUUUUAUCUGCUGUUUUACUGUAUAAAUAAAAAAUAUGCAGAAGUACGAAAAAUUAGAAAAGAUCGGCGAGGGGACGUAUGGUACUGUGUUCAAGGCUAAGAAUAAAGAGACACAUGAAAUAGUGGCUCUGAAACGGGUGAGGUUAGAUGACGACGAUGAAGGGGUACCGUCCUCCGCUUUACGUGAAAUAUGUCUGCUGAAAGAACUGAAGCAUAAGAAUAUAGUCCGACUAUACGACGUCUUGCAUAGUGAAAAAAAAUUGACUCUUGUAUUUGAACAUUGUGAUCAGGAUUUGAAGAAAUAUUUUGAUAGUUUGAAUGGUGAGAUAGACCUGGAUGUUGUGAAGUCUUUUAUGUACCAGCUGCUUCGUGGACUGGCAUUCUGCCAUAGUCACAAUGUCCUGCACCGAGAUUUGAAGCCACAGAAUUUACUGAUAAAUAAAAAUGGCGAAUUGAAAUUAGCCGACUUUGGGUUGGCUAGAGCUUUUGGGAUCCCUGUGAAGUGUUAUUCUGCGGAGGUUGUGACUCUGUGGUACCGGCCUCCGGAUGUACUAUUUGGCGCCAAGCUGUACACGACGAGUAUCGACAUGUGGUCUGCUGGAUGUAUAUUUGCUGAGCUUGCUAACUCUGGGAGACCUUUGUUCCCUGGAUCUGAUGUUGAUGAUCAAUUGAAAAGAAUUUUCAAGCUUCUGGGUACUCCAAAUGAGGAUACAUGGCCUGGUGUGACACAGUUGCCUGACUACAAGCCCCUGCCUGUGUACCAGCCUAGCUUAGGGCUGGCGCAGGUAGUGCCUCGUCUGCCAGCUCGCGGCAGGGACCUCCUUGCUCGUCUCCUCACCUGCAACCCAGCCCUAAGGAUGCCUGCCGACGAUGCCAUGGCUCAUGCCUACUUCCAUGACCUCAACCCAUCAGUAAAGAAUGAUCGAUGUUAACAAUCAAUACGUCCGUACCGCUGCACCUCCGAACUACUGGUUAGUGAUAAAAACAAUGAUGUUGAUGCGGUGCAAGAGUGUUGUGACGAAGAAACUUAAAUAGUACAUAAGGACAAUGACAUCUUGUAUGUUUAGUGGACCCAGUGAAUUUAUAAGUGUAGUUGGUGUGAUGUUUGCAUUUGUUUUGUAAAUUAUUUUGUUAUGUUUUCUUUUUGCUGUAAUUUUAUUUGUAUUUAGCUAGCGCUAGAGAUUAUUUAUUACCGAAGAAAACUAGUGUUUAUUCACUUACCAAUACUGAUGUACAUACAUAAUCAAUUGUUGACGUGCAAUAACCUUGGCCUCAGUUACGUCAAGACUACAAUAUUUAUCUUGAAAUUACUCCAAAGUAGGUUCACAUACAUUUGAUAUUAGAUUUCCAUGAUCUCAUUGUAUAAUGCUAAUUUAUUGAAUUGAUAUUAAUAUGCUUCACCAAAGUGAGAUUUGUUUAAAAAGAUAAUGAUUUUAUGUACAAUUAAAAUAAAAAUGCUCUUGUUAUUAAAUUUACAAAUCAAUUACUUGUACUUAAUGAUUAAUUAAGGUUUGAAUUUGUAAUAAACGUAAAAUCUUUUAUAGUCAAGUAAUAAACAUUAAUAGUAAAAUACAAAUAAUAUUUAUACAUUUUCUGCGGCUUCCUUUAACUCUGCACUAAUGAUGUCUGUUACAAAUUCACCCAUCUUCCCACUGGCCUUCAUGGUCGAGGACAUGGAAGAGGAUGACUUAAAUGACGAGGAGCUUUCUUCAAUAAUUGUUUUAGACAUGUUAGACAUAGUUUUCAUUCCACACAGGUCGGAUGUAGAGGCUAAACUUCUUUCGCCUAUUUUUUCUGUCAAUCCAGACAUUCCUAAAGUUGAUUUUGCAAAGGAUUCUUCAAUUUUGCUUGCGGUGGCGCCAAUAUUCUUCUCGUCCUUUUUUUCAGACAGCCCCUUAACUUCAACAACCUGUUUCGACGAAAACUUAUCUCCAUUAGUAGUCUCUGAAAUUGUUUCUUUCAGUAGUUCUGGUUUUAGCAAUCGACUAUGUUCUUCUUUAAGCGUCAUUUGACUAUUUUUGUUACGAAUCAUAUUAUCAUCUGUAUCUUUAAUAUUUUCUUUGACUGAAUUUUGUGUAAUAUCGGAUGUCAUUUUGGUUUCGAUCUGGGUCUUUUUCGGAAUAAAGCCACACAUUUUGAUCGGUACAAUUUUUUCUUGUUUUUCACUAGAGGAUUUCUUUUCAGCGAUUAUAAUGAGAAUGCCAUCAGAGGACAUGGAUGAAGUAACGUUCUCUCCAGGGCAGUGACUUGGCAAUGCGUAGCGGCGCUUGAAUUGUCUCGAAAUAUAUCCAUGUGCGUCUGGCCUGUCUUCAUGUUUCCCUUCAACUAUAAUUUCAUUGUCCGUCACUUUCACACUUAUUUCCUCUGGUUUAUAAUGUUGGACGUCCAUAGUUAUCUUGUAGUUGCCUUUCUCAUUUUCUAUUGUUGAUCCGAAUUCUUUAGUAAUGCUUUGUUUACCCAUUAGCCUCCAAGGACGAAAGUAGCUGGAAUGGGUGUCGUAGAACGGGCACAUAAAUUCUCGUGAUGGCAUACACAUGCCGAAGUGAUCGUCUGACCAGCGAGCUGGACACAGUCUUGGGAACUCCAUGCUGUGCGGAUGCGACGUGCGGAUACAAGUAAACAAUCG